UUUCUAAGUCCUUCAAGUCAAUUUCUCUCGCAGUUACCAAUUUCAUCUUCACCGCACCAGACCCCAUCUCUCUCUAUCGUAAUCUUAACCUAAAAAACGAUGUCCAAUCCGGCCGAAUCUGCAGCUUUUCCGACAGAAUAUUCUGUCCCUGUGGGUAGCGCUGACCUUCGUGUUUCUCUCCGGAAUCUCUCCACGGUGCAAGUGAGAAUGGAUUCUCUGCAGCAGUUCUUGUCAGAAUCUGUCAACAACAAUACGUUAAUCAGCAAAGCUCAGAUGGAUAUGGUCUCCGCGGAGAUCUCCUCCGCCAUCCACCAGAUUAUCGUCAAUGGCGCUGCACUUCUCGCGUGUUCCAAACCGGUGAUCGAGCUUCCCGUUGCCGCUAAGCCCCCGGAGAUACUUCCAGAUCCACCUGAUCUGAAAUUUGCAACUAAAACCUCUAAUUCGUCGGACAGUUAUUCCAAUAAAGGAAAUCAGGUGGCAAAUUUCAGUUUAAAAGUGGAAGAAAGGGAUGAUUUUGAUGUUGACUGUGAUAUAGUGGAGCUUGAUGCGGUGGAAUUGCUGGCGGAGCACGUUCAUUUCUGCGAGAUAUGUGGGAAAGGGUUCAAGCGAGACGCUAAUCUGCGCAUGCACAUGCGGGCCCAUGGAAACCAGUUCAAAACUCCCGAGGCGCUAGCCAAACCCGAUAAGGGAAGCGAAUCAUCGGCGGCGGCGACGAGGAAAACGCGGUUCUCGUGUCCCUUCGAGGGGUGUAAUCGAAACAAGAACCACAAGAAGUUCCGGCCACUUAAAUCGGUGAUUUGCGUGAGGAAUCAUUUCAAGAGGAGCCAUUGUCCCAAGAUGUACUCUUGCAAUCGUUGCAACAAGAAGAGUUUCUCUGUUGUGGCGGAUUUGAAGAGCCACUUAAAGCACUGUGGAGAGACACGGUGGAAGUGCUCGUGCGGUACUACUUUCUCUAGGAAAGACAAGUUGUUUGGGCACUUGGCGUUGUUUGAAGGCCACAUGCCAGCUGUUGUUGGGGAAGAUGACAAUAGGGCCAAGGGCGGCGUCGUAGCUAUGGAGGAGGAUGAACAGGAGGAAGUGCUGGUGAAAGAAGGGGAAUUACUGGGUAAUUGUGCGGAUAAUGGGUUUUUUGAGGGAUUGCUUGAUGGGUUUGCUUCUAUUGAAGGGUACAAUUUGGAGGAUGUUUUGGGGUCUCCUAGAAAUGGCUGGGGUGGUGGAAUGGAGGACUUGAGUGGUAUUGGGAGGAGCUAGUUUCGAUUAGAUUUUAUGAUUGCUUUUUGCAAUCUGGUUAUUCAUCACCUGCUGAGCCUGGAAUCAUAGAAGACCCGGACAUUCUGUAGCAGCAGUAUCAGUAUAUAUUGCAGAAAUAACACCUAAGAACAUUUGUAAAGGAUUUACUGCUGCUAACAGUUGUACAGUUCAUCCUAGGCUGUGGGAUUUCACUAGUAUGUUUCACUGUAACUGUUGUUUCCUGGCGCAUUUUGGCUCUAAUCAGUAAAAUCUCGUUGCCCUAUAUUUGAAUAUUUGUGUUGGUAAGUAUGAAGAUCCUGUAUGAAGCUAUUUGAAGAAUCAAACAAAUCUGGUGAUACUCAUGCGUAUAGUUUUUGGUCUA